AACAGAUCACUCACACGUGCGCAGCCGCAUCUUUCUUGCUUUAAGUUGUCGUGCACGUAAUCUUUAGUCAAACCAACGUGUUAAUUUCUUCUUCUCUGACUUUGAUUCAAAUCUCAAUCUCUUUCCCAAGUUUUAACUUGUAAUAAUUCACACCGUUACUAUUUAAGCAAGUUGUGAGUGGUGGUGUUGUUUGGAGCUAAAAAUGACGAUCACAGCCACGCCGAGCGUCGAGGAUGGAUGUCUCAUGGUCGGGGAAAAGGUGGUGUUGACCGGGGUGCCGGGAAAUGUUGUCGUUUCUCCGGUUAGCUCCGGGCGCGCGGCUUUCAUGGGUGCAACUUCAUCUACUCAAAGUUCGCGUCACGUUUUCAGUCUUGGUGUUCUUGAGCGUGGAUUUAAGUUCUUGUCUCUCUUUAGAGAAAAAAUCUGGUGGAUGAUACCACGAGUUGGAAAAUCUGGUUGUGAAAUUCCCAUGGAAACGCAAAUGCUUCUCUUGGAAGCAAGACAAGUAUCUGUUCUGAACAAUGAGACUUCUUCUGAUCUAACUACCGAAAACACCUACAUUCUCUUCUUGCCUGUUUUGGAUGGUCAAUUUAGGACAAGUUUGCAAGGAACUCCCGAAAAUGAGCUCCAGUUCUGCAUUGAAAGUGGAGAUGAUAAUGUUCUAACCUCCCAAUCACUGGAAGCAGUAUUCAUAAAUUCUGGGAAUAACCCAUUUGAGCUUAUUACAAACUCUGUCAAGACACUAGAGAAGCACAAAUGUACUUUUAGCCACAUCGAAAACAAAAAGAUACCAGCGUAUCUGGACUGGUUUGGAUGGUGCACUUGGGAUGCUUUCUACACUGAAGUCAGUCCUCAGGGGAUCAAAGAGGGUCUCCAAAAUUUCUCAGAAGGAGGCCGUUCACCUAAAUUCCUGAUCAUUGAUGAUGGAUGGCAAGAGACUGUAAAUGAAUUCCAAAAAGAAGGUGAACCACCUAUUGAAGGGACAGAGUUUGCCACCAGAUUGGUAGAUAUCAAAGAAAACAGUAAGUUCAAGAGUUUGGGUUCAGAUGAUUCAUGCAUUGAUCUACAUGAUUUUAUUGAUGACAUCAAAGGCAAAUUUGGGUUAAAAUUUGUUUACGUGUGGCACGCUUUAGCUGGUUAUUGGGGAGGUGUGCUUCCAUCGUCAGAAACAUUGAAAAAGUACAACCCAAAGAUUGCCUAUCCAAUUCAAUCACCUGGUAACACAGGGAACCUCAGAGACAUUGUCAUGGACUGCUUGGAAAAGUAUGGAGUUGGGUUUAUAGAUCCCCAAAACAUCUUUGAGUUUUAUAAUGAUCUCCAUGGCUAUCUUGCAAGCAGUGGUGUGGAUGGAGUCAAAGUUGAUGUUCAGAAUUUGAUAGAAACAUUAGGUUCUGGGUAUGGCGGACGGGUGUCAUUGAUGAAGCACUAUCAAGAGGCACUUGAGCAAUCUGUUGCAAAGAACUUUGAAGCCAACAACCUAAUUUGCAGCAUGAGUCACAACUCAGAUGCAAUCUACAGCUCAAAGAAGAGUGCGGUUGCAAGAGCAUCAGAGGAUUUCAUGCCAAGAGAACCAACAUUACAGACAUUGCAUAUUGCAUCUGUGGCUUUUAAUAGUCUUCUUCUAGGGGAGAUUGUGGUGCCAGACUGGGACAUGUUUCAAAGCAAACAUGAUACGGCUGAAUUUCAUGCUGCAGCAAGAGCCAUUGGUGGGUGUGCGGUAUAUGUAAGUGAUAAGCCUGGCAAUCAUGAUUUCAAAAUCCUCAGAAAGCUAGUAUUGCCUGAUGGUUCAGUCUUAAGAGCUAGAUAUGCAGGCCGGCCUACUCGAGAUUGUUUAUUUGAAGAUCCAGUUAAGGAUAGAAAAAGUUUGUUGAAAAUAUGGAACUUGAAUAAGUUAUCAGGGAUCAUAGGUGUUUUCAAUUGCCAAGGAGCGGGGAAUUGGCUGCUGAAAGAAGCAGCUCAAGAGACAUCUAGUGCAGUAUCUACUUCCUCAUCCACCUCAUGUCAUGUGAGUCCCCAUGAUGUUGAAUUUCUUGAGGAGAUAGCAGGUGAAAGGUGGAAUGGAGAUUACGCUAUAUAUGCCUUUAAUUCAGGAUCCCUUUCUACUAUGCCAAAGAAAGGAACAUUUGAGGUGUCCUUGAGAACUCUUAAAUGUGAAAUAUAUACCAUCUCUCCGAUCAGAGAUUUUGGAAAUGGUCUUCUUUUCACUCCACUAGGAUUACUUGACAUGUACAACUCAGGAGGGGCAAUAGAAGCUCUGAACUGCACCAUGGAUCUUUUGGGAUGCACAAUUAAAGUCAAAGGGCGAGGUUGUGGCCGGUUUGGAGCCUAUUCGAGCACCAAACCGAGGUGUUGUGUGGUGGACAUGAAAGAAGAGCAAUUCACAUACAACGCUGAUGAUGGAUUAUUGACAGUAAAACUUCAAGGUGAAUGCAAAUUAAGAGAGAUUGAGUUUGACUAUAGAGGCAUCUGUGUCUGAGAAAUUAUGCAAUGGAUGUGGAACUUUGGAGUGCUGGAUGGAAUCAACAUCUUCCGGUUCAAGUGAAUCAUACAAAUAGUCUUGGUAGGAAGUAUAAUGCAAACUUGUUUGCUUGAAAAUUCUACUGUGUAUCACAAAUAUUAUCCCAUUUUUUCCCAAAAACAAAAAUUGAUCUGGGUAUGUUCAAAUGGGUAGCAGUGUGAGUUGCUUCUACAGUCUUUUACAUGAAAGCAUCAUAGAAAAGCAUUCUUUUUCAUUUCUGGGUAAAUUAUAAGUAUUGUAAGUACAUUAAACUAAGCAAAAUGAAAAAUAUGCUUUUUUUCUUCUU